GCUUGGAGGGCUAGGGGGCGGUGCCUGGAGGCUGCGGGAGCGCGGCAUCUGGGCCUCCAGACACAAAGAACGGCCGGCAGGACGCAGGGUGGGUGCAGCUCGCGCGCCAGCGCCCUUAGCCCGCGCCACUGUGUCCCGAACGCGGGGGAGACCGGAGACACCGACCGCCCAGCCUGCUAUGGGAUGGGUGAAGAAGAAGAGAACCACUAUGUUUCACAGCUCAAGGAAGUCUACAGCAGCUGUGACACUACAGGAACAGGCUUUCUGGAUCGGGAAGAGCUUACCCAGCUCUGCCUUAAGCUUCAUCUGGAAAAGGAGCUGCCCGUUCUUCUGCAAACACUUCUUCGAAAUGACCACUUUGCCAGGGUUAACUUUGAGGAAUUUAAGGAAGGUUUUGUGGCAGUGUUAUCAUCAAAUGCUGGUGCUGGCCCCUUGGAUGAAGACAGUAUUUCCUUGGAAUCUACUGCCUCUCGUGCUGUCCCACCAAAGUAUGUGAGCGGCUCUAAAUGGUAUGGUCGCUGGAGCUGCCCGGAGCCUGAGCCAUGUGGCCCUGCAACUGGAGCCAAAUGUUUAGCAGAACAACAGACCAGGGCCACUGGGAGAAGCCAGCUCCACCACUCUGCAUCUCUGGAAAGUAUGGAGAGUCUCAAGUCAGAUGAAGAAGCUGAAAGUACUAAAGAACCUCAGAAUAAGUUGUUUGAAGCACAAGGCCAGCUGCCAGCUUGGGGUUCCAAGGUCUUCAGAUGCCUCCAGAAGCCCUGCAACCUCUCCUUGGACACCCCUGAGAGCCAGGUUCAAGGCAUCUGGGAAGAGCUGGGCAUUGGCAGUAGCGGCCACCUCAACGAGCGGGAGUUGGCUGUGGUCUGCCAGAGCGUCGGGCUCCAGGGACUAGAGAAGGAGGAACUGGAGGACCUGUUUAACAAACUGGAUCAAGAUGGAGACGGCAGAGUGAGUCUUGAGGAAUUCCAGCUUGGCCUAUUCAAUUAUGGGCCCACUUCACUUCCAGAGUCUUCUACUCCCAUCAAAUCGAGCAUGUCCUGGUCUCAUUACCAGGUCCUGGAGGAGGGCAGCUGCCAGACCGCCAUGACGUCAUCCCUCUUGUCCGUGUGCUCAGGCCUGCGCCUCUUGUGCAGUAUUGACGAUGGCACCGGCUUUGCCUUUCCCGAGCAGCUCAUUGCCCUGUGGGCCGAGGAGGGGAUUCAGAAUGGCAGGGAGAUCUUGCAGAGUCUUGACUUCAGUGUGGACGAGAAGGUGGACCUUCUGGAGCUGACCUGGGCCCUUGAGAAUGAGCUCAUGAUGGUCGGUGGUGCCACUCAGCAGGCAGCUUUGGCCUGCUACCGCCAGGAGCUGAGCUUCCGCCAGGGGCAAGUGGAGCAGAUAGCAGGGGAGCGAGACAAGGCGAAGCAGGACCUGGAGAAAGCUGAGAAGAGGAACCUGGAGUUUGUGCAAGAGAUGGAUGACUGGCACUCUGCCCUAGAGCAACUCACAGAGAAGAAGAUCCAACACCUGGAACAGGAAUACCGGGAAAGACUGAGCCUCCUGCGAUCUGAGGUGGAGAGGGAACAUGAGCUGUUCUGGGAGCAGAACUGCAGGCAGAGGGCUGUGCUGGAGAAGGACCUGGAGCGUCUGCAGGGUGAGGAGGCCAACCUACGUGAGAAGCUGACUCUGGCCCUCAAGGAAAACAGUCGAUUACAGAAGGAGAUUAUUGAAGUUGUGGAAAAGCUUUCAGAAUCAGAAAAGCUGGUUUUGAAAUUGCAGAAUGACCUGGAAUUUGUGUUGAAGGACAAGCUGGAGCCACAGUGCAUAGAGCUCCUGGCCCAGGAGGAGCGGUUUGCAGAGGUCCUAAAGGAGUACGAGCUCAAGUGCCGGAGGAUAAAGGACCUGCAGGACCACAAUGACGAGCUACAGGUUGCACUGGAAGGCCUGCAGGCACAGCUGCCCCCAAGUUGGUGUAGCCGUCCCCACACACAGCGAGAGGAACGGCUGCUCCCUGGACCUGGCCCAGCAGGUAGCAGCCCAGUCCUGGGAGGCAUCACUUCAUUUGUGGGUGAUUGCAUUCCAAUGAGUUUAGAAACCGAGAUAAUGAUGGAACAGGUGAAGGAACACUACCAAGACCUCAAGAUCCAGCUGGAGACCAAGGUAAACUCCUAUGAAAGGGAAAUGGAGGUGAUGAGAAGGGACUUUGCAAAGGAAAGGGAGGAAAUGCAGCAGGCCCUCAGGCUUGAGGUCCGUGUGUUGGAGUGCCAGAGGGCCGACCUGGAGGUGCUACUCUCGAAGUCUCAGGAGCUCAUCCGAGGCCUGCAGGACCAGCUCCAGCAGGCCACCCGCAGCCCCCUGAUGGAGAGGGCAGUGUUGGGGCAGUGCUGCGCACAGGUGCUGUCUGACCCAGCCCAGUGGCUGGCCCAGGAGCAGGACCCGCUGGAGCAGGAGCAGCGCCAGAGGCAUCAGAAGGAGCUGCAGCGAGUCAGAAUUGAGUUGGGUAGGCUUUCUGAAGAAAAUACAUUGUUGAAAAAUGAGCUGGGAAGGAUUCAGCAAGAGCUUGAAGCUGCAGAAAAGACAAAUGACACACAGAGGAAGGAAAUCGAGGCUUUAAAGAGAGACAAGGAAAAGGACUGCUCUGAGAUGGAAGAACUCAACAAACAGAAUCAGAAAUGCAAGGAUGAAGUGUCCCAGCUCAAUACCAAAGUCUUUCAGCUAGGAGAGGAGGCCUCUAUCCACCAGGCCCAAGACGAGAAGAACUGCAUCAACAUUCAGCUGUUAACACAGAGACUGGAGGAGGCCAGGCACCAGGAGGAGCUGCAGAACGAGCAAAUCCAAAAACUUGAACUUGAACUUGAACACAUGAAUCAGGAAUGUCAGAGCCUGAGACUGUCACAAUCACAACUGAGAGAGACCCUUGAAGAAAGUCAAAACCAGCUGCAUGGAGCUAACCUGAGGCUAAGGCUUACACAGUCCCAGAACUCAGAGGAGGUCCACCAGCUGCAGGAACAGAUGCAGUGGAUGGUGCCUCAGGAUCGCAUGGCCAAGCUCCAGCACCUACUGGAAGAGGAGUGGCAGGUGGCUCAGCGGCUCUGUGACAAGUGCAUUCUCCAGAAGGAGAAGGGGAGGCAGCUGGAAACACAGUGGGAAGAACGUGAAAAGGAGCUGAAAGACACUGAGGAGCAGGUGGAAAAGGUGGGAAGGGUUCUGAAGAACGUGGACAUUCUCCUCCAAGAGAAAGUAGCUGAACUGAAAGAGCAGUUUGAAAAGAACACAAAAUCCUAUUUGCUGCUCAAGGAGCUCUAUGUGGAAAAUGCUCACCUGACAAAGGUACUUCAGGUUACUGAAGAGAAGCUACAAGAUGCUGAGAAGAAAAAACGCAUGCUGGAAGAAAAGAUAUUAAAAAUGAAUAGAUGGACCAUUGAACAAAUGAAAUCCAAAUGAAAUUACAUCUAUUUUCCCCUAGAAGUCAAACUAUGAAGCACUUUAUUAAGUCCGUACACGAAGCAAGGGCAGAGACUUGUCAUUCUCUAGGCCUUGGCUGAUGCUGUUCUCCCCUCGGUGGCGAUGCUUAGCUUACUGGGGUGGAUUGGUGUGGCUCCCAUAUGCGUGUACGUGCAUGUGGAGGAGGGGUGACAAUGGCCUCAGCCAACUUCCCAGUCGCUAGCAUCAGAACUCUGUCCUCUCGCCAACUGGCAAUCAAACACCCCUUCCUUCAUCUCCAGCUUCUUUCUACUCCCUGCUUCUAUGCUGUCUGUGACCAAGCUGUCAGCCUGCUAAGCAUCACCUCCCUCUCGAAUUUUACCUCAGAUGGGGCUGUGUUUCCAAACAUCUUACUUCUGAGGGCCCUGCAGCUUGAACCGACUCUGAACCUCUGGGGGAGGGUCUCGGUGAGCACUGGCCCGGUGCUGGCCCCCUCUCAGGCACACUCUGCAGAGGCCCUGAGACUGCGGCCAGGUCUAACUAGCCCCGGAAAAAUUUUGCGCAAUCAUGUCGCAGCAGCAGUUGUGGUAAGGUCCCCUCCCUAAGGAGAUGGGGAGCAAAAGGGAGAGAAAAUUUCAAGGUAACCUGGCUAUGCGCCUACAUGCCAACAUCCCUCAUGCCCUUAUAAACGGAGACUACUUAAUCAGACUGCAUGUCUAUGUGUGCUACCAUAUAUGGCAAAGAAAUAGAAAAUGUAUAAAAAACUGCCACAUGACAUUCGGUGCUCAGUUCUUUGUGUAUGAACCCAAAUGAGUGGUGUUGGCACAAAUAAAACUGCUUCAUGGAAAUUAAAAA